AUGUCCACCGAUCCUGAAGAAUACUGCGGUAUCCGAGGGUCUUGUCCUGCUGAUUCAAAGGAUGAACACCAGACUGCUGGUCAAGCAGGUAUGAAUACCCAGGAGAGCAACAUCCACAAUGGUCAAAAGGGUAGCAAAGACGCCCAACAAGAUUCUGGAACUGAGACCGCUGGUCCUGGGAUGAAGCAUUUCUUCCGCAUCUUCACCUUUACAAGCACUACGGACACUCUCUUGAUCAUACUCGGCUGCAUCUGUGCUAUUGGUGCUGGUGUCACUCAGCCUCUCGUGGCGUUGGUCUUCGGGUCCUAUAUUGACAAGUUCACCAAUUUCGGCUCAAGUCACUCGGCGUCCGAUCAAUUUCGCAAAGAUGUGAACGAGUUCACACUUUGGUUCGUUUACCUAUUCGUAGCCAAACUCGUCCUUAUGUACGGCUCUGGCUUCAUCUUCACAACCACAGCCCUACGGACAACGAAGACCAUCCGAUCUGCGUUCGUUCAGGCAGUCCUUAGACAGGACAUUUCCAACAUUGAUACGCUCGGGCCCGGCGCAGUUGCUGUCAAAGCAACGACAAACGCGAACUUGAUCAACGCUGGCAUCUCCAUCAAACUCGCACACUUCGUCCAGUCUUUCUCUAUGAUCAUCGCCGCUCUUGUAGUGGGCUGCCUGCAGAGCUUGAAGUUGAUGCUGAUCAUCACCGCGGUGGUCGUACCGUGCUUCAUCAUCCUGCCCUUGACCAUGACGGGUGAGGCGAAUGUUGAUGCGAGAAUCUUGCAGAUCUACUCACGGGCUUCGAACCUUGCCGAGGAAAUGCUGGGAAGCAUCAAGACAGUGCAUGCAUUUGGAGUCGCGGAGAUUCUGCUCCAGCGGUUCGAUCACUGGCUCAUCGAUGCUUCGAAGGUAGGACUAAAGAAAAGUCCUAUCUUGGCAGCCAUGUAUGGCGCUGAUUUCUUUUUCUCCAACAUGCCGUAUUCCGUGGCAUUCUGGCAGGGCACAAGAAUGUAUGUGGCUGGAGAUGUCGACAAUGUGGGCUCACUGUGGAUCGUCGUCUUCGCCGUUCUUAUGAUCGCUAGUGGUCUCGCUCAGAUUGCGCCGUCAACUUCAUCGUUCAGUCAAGCCUCUGUAGCAGCUGCUGAGCUGUUUGAGAUCUUCGAUCACCAGCCGUUGCUGGACACACAAUCAUCCGAUGGUGAGAAGCCUGAUUCUGUUCAGGGCAACCUUGCGUUCCACGACGUAGAGUUCUCGUACCCCUCCCGACCAGACGUGUCCGUGUUGAAAGGCGUUUCAUUCAAGUGCCCUGCGCAAAAGGUUACGGCGCUCGUCGGUGCGAGUGGAUCCGGGAAGUCAACGAUUGUGGCUUUGCUAGAACGGUGGUAUGAACCAUCCCGCGGUCACAUCACCAUGGAUGGCCGGAACGUCGAGAAUCUCAACGUGCAAUGGCUCAGAACUCAAUUGCGACUUGUGCAACAGGAGCCUGUCCUAUUCAACGACAGCAUCUUCAACAAUGUCAUUCAAGGAUUGACAGGAAUGAAGUAUGAAUAUGCUGCUCGCGAUGUCAAGCAGAAUUUAGUCGUAGAUGCGUGCAGGUCUGCCAAUGCGGCAGAUUUCAUCGACGCCCUGCCCGAGGGCUAUGAAACAAAUGUUGGAGAGCGGGCAGGUCUCCUCUCUGGUGGUCAAAAGCAAAGGAUCGCAAUCGCCAGAAGCAUCAUUUCCAACCCGCCGAUCCUGUUGCUCGAUGAGGCCACCAGUGCUCUUGACGCCAAUUCUGAGGCCAUCGUCCAAGCUGCUCUUGAUAAUGCGUCGAAGUCACGUACUACACUUGUCAUCGCUCACAAGCUCUCAACGAUCAUGAAUGCAGACAAAAUCAUCGUGCUGGACCACGGUGAGGUCGUUGAGGAGGGCACGCAUGCUGACUUGCUACGAAGCAAUGGGCGAUAUGCAAGUCUCGUCAAAGCACAAGGGUUAGGCACGAGUGCAAAGGGAAUGGAACCAACCCUUAGAGGUAGUGAGCAGAGCCUUAAAGGUCCAGACCGAUCUACCGACAUCGAAGCAACGCCAUUGAAGCUUGAGAUCAGCACGCUCUGCGAGCCCGAUGAGCAGAAUGUCCGAGCUACACCUCACUCAGUCCUCACAGUCUUCUGGACAUUCUUGCUCGAGAAUAGCCACCUCUGGCCACAGUACAUGAUAUGCCUCAUCGUAUCAGUCAUCGGAGGGGCGGUAUAUCCCGCUCAAGCAAUCAUCCUGACCCGCUUGAUAACCGCCUUCGAGCUUCCUCUCAGCGAGCUACAGGCCCAAGUCGAGUUCUACGCUGGCAUGCUGAUGCUAGUAGCAUGCGUAUCAAUGAUCGCAUACGCCAUCAUGGGCUGGGUGACAAACUCAAUAUCCCAAAACCUGACGCGGCGCUAUCGCCUCGAGCUCCUGCAAUCGAUGCUCCGACAAGAUAUAUCAUUCUUCGACAGAGCAGAGAACGCCGCGGUAAAUUUAUCAUCGAGGUUAUCAACAGAUCCAAAUGGUCUGCAAGAGCUCCUGGGCAUGAACAUGGCGUUCAUCCUGGUCAUCGUUGUGAACCUGGUCUCAUGCGUAGCGCUUGCACUUGCAUAUGGUUGGAAACUUGGUCUAGUAGUUACAAGCACGUUACCUUUGAUCUUCGGUUCUGGAGUUGUUCGUUUACGGCUUGAGAUGGCUUCGGAUGAGCAGAAUGCUGCAGUCUUCGCGGAUAGCUCACGAUUCGCUAGUCAGGCAGUUGCUGCUAUGAGGACUGUGGUGUCGUUCUGUAUACAGCGGGCGGUGUGGGAGGAAUAUGAUCGAACACUUGAGACGCUUUUGAGGAGAUCCUAUGCGACAGUGUCGUGGUCUACGCUAUCCUACGCACUCGCGGAAUCUGUACAGUUCCUCAUCAUGGGAGUGGCGUUUUGGUAUGGCGGCAGCCUGCUUGCGAAUGGGGAGUACUCGACUGAGCAAUUCUAUGUAAUAUACUUGGCUGUCAUCUUUGGAGGCGAAGCAGCAGGACAAUUCUUCGCCUACACCCCUAAUAUCAGCAAAGCGUUGGCUGGAGCUGACUUCAUCUUGAAGUUGCGACACAGCAGAGCGGCCAUCGCCGACGACUCAACCGCAGGACCACCGGACUGCUCUGGCGGAUACGACUUGCAAAAUUUGCACUUUGAAUACCCGUUGCGAAGAGACAUACCUGUACUUCAAGGUUUGAACCUGCGGAUCAAGCCCUGCACAUCCGUUGCCUUUGUCGGCGGCUCAGGCUGCGGCAAAUCCACCACCAUCGGUCUCCUCGAACGCUACUACGACCCUUGCCAGGGCACGAUCCGCUUCAGCAAUUCAUCACUCCCUGAUCUCCAACUCUCCUCCUACCGCUCAUGUCUCGCGCUGGUCUCUCAGGAGCCUACACUAUACCAAGGCUCCAUCAAAGACAACAUCGCCCUCGGCAGCACCAGGCAUGACAGAGUCACCAUCGAGGAGAUAGAACAAGCCGCGAAAGACGCUAAUAUCCUCGACUUCAUCAAAUCGCUCCCAGAGGGUAUGAACACAGACUGCGGAACCAAAGGGACCGAGCUGAGUGGUGGGCAGAAGCAGCGAAUCUGUAUUGCUAGGGCGUUGAUACGGAAUCCUCGGGUGUUGUUGCUGGAUGAGGCGACUAGUGCGUUGGAUAGUACUUCGGAGAGGCUUGUUCAAGAAGCGCUGAAAGGCGUCGCUGGAGGGAGGACGGUCAUCACUGUUGCUCAUCGUCUUGCUACGGUGCGACAUUGUGACCAGAUAUUCGUCCUUGAGCAAGGUCAUGUUGCAGAAAGUGGUACACACGAAGAAUUACUGGCGCUUAAUGGGUCGUACAAGAAGCUCUGUGAAGCUCAGUCACUUGGAUAA